UCCAGGGGAGCGGAGAUGGGGGGAUCCCCUCCCCCCGGGCUGGAGGAGCCCAGUCAGCCCCCAAGGCCAGGCCGGUCUCUGGGUUCCAGGGGCGCUGGCAGUUCUCUCAGCACCUGUCUCAGGACACUCGUGUUUCUCUGAAAUCCCCAGCUCCUGGGUCUGUGUCUGGGCAGCCCGGCUUUGGGGAAAGAAGCCUGACCCCAGAGCCCCUUGACAGCUGGGAGGGCGGGCGAGAUGCCCCUGGGCAGGGUGGUUUUAAUGUCUCCUGGCUUGGGGCCUGCGGCUCUGGCCAUGAUGUCAGUGGGGGCUUUGCUCCAGCCUUGCCCAGGGGAAGCAGCGGGGGGGGCUGGGACAGGGCGGGAGUGAAAUGGACGAGCACCGGAUUUCUCCUCUCCUGAGAUCAGGGUCCAGCUCUGGGCACAAACAAAAUCAAUUCAAGAAUCUGGCACCAGCCUCUGGUGGACGCUGGUCCACAUCCCAAGGGCCGGUGGCAUUCGAGGACGUUGCGGUCUAUUUCUCCCUGGAGGAGUGGGCAGCGUUGGCCAAAUGGCAGAGGGAGCUGUACCGGGAUGUGAUGAAGGAGAAUUACGAGCUGGUGGCUUCAUUGGGGCAUCCUGCUGUCAAGCCUGAGAUCAUCUGCCAGAUGGAGCGAGGGGAAGAGCCAUGUGUAGGGAAUCUCUGGGGCUGGAAAGACAGAAGCACAGCCCAGAACCCCUGCUCAGCAGAUGGUGAGAUGAAGGAUGAUGAUGAGGAAGGUACUAGAACCCUGGAUCUUCCCAAGACAUCCCCAGGACAGACCGGAGGGGACCUCCACCAGCACUCCAGGAAAAAGCAAAGAUGCAAGAGUCAGAGCAAAUCACAAAAGCAGCAGAGAAAUGUCAUGCAAAAAAAACUCCUGCCCCUCCCCAGGCCCCAGAAAACACUGCUACAGAGACAGGAUGCAGAGCAGAAACAGGACAGCCAGCAGGAUCAGACACACCUGACUGCCCAGCAGGGAGAGCCCACAGGAAGGAAACCAUUCACAUGCCCUGAAUGCGGAAGGAGCUGUGCGAUGAAGGGCAACCUCAAAAUGCAUCAGCGAGUGCACACGGGGCAGGGGCUGUUUCCCUGCAGCCAGUGCGGGAAAUGCUUCACCACCAAGGGCAACCUCAAAAUGCACCAGCAGAUCCACACGGGGGAGCGGCCCUUCAUGUGCACCGAGUGCGGCCAGGGCUUCGUUCAGAACAAAUUUCUGAAACUGCACAAGAGGCUGCACACGGGAGAACAUCCGUUCCCCUGCCCUGAAUGCGGGAAAUGCUUCAUCAGCAAGGCCAUUCUGAAGCUGCAUGGCAGGACACACGGCAGGGAGCGGCUGUUCCCGUGCACUGAGUGUGGGAAAUGUUUCACUAGGAAAGACAUCCUCAAACUGCACCAGAGGGUGCACACGGGGGAGCGGCCUUUCCAGUGUGCAGAGUGUGGGAAGAGCUUCACUCAGAAGGUGAAUCUCCUGACGCACCAGCGAUGCCACACGGGGGAGCGCCCGUUCGCCUGCUGUCAGUGCGGGAAGAGCUUUGCCCAGAAGGCCACACUCAACACACACCAGAAAAGCCACGUGCGUGAGAGGCGCUUUGCAUGUGCUGAAUGCAAGGAGAGCUUUGUCUCCAACAGGGACCUCACGAUGCACCAGAGGAUCCACACCAGGGAGCGCUCAUACAUGUGCAGCCAGUGUGGGAAAUGCUUCACGCAGCCGGGCAACCUCCUGACGCACCAGCGAGUGCACACGGGGGAGCGGCCGUUCACCUGCACCCAGUGUGAGAAAAGCUUCACCACCAACGGCAACCUCAAAAUGCACCAGUGGAUCCACACAGGGGAGCGGCCUUUCAUGUGCACUGAGUGUGGAAAAGGCUUCACCGCCAAGGCCACCCUCAGAAUGCACCAGUGCCUGCACAGCGGGGAGCGGCCCUUCAUGUGCACCGAGUGCGGCCAGGGCUUCGUUCAGAACGAAUUUCUGAAACUGCACAAGAGGCUGCACAUGGGAGAACAUCCAUUCUCCUGCCCCAUAUGUGGGAAGCGCUUCAUCAGCAAGGCCAUUCUGAAGGUGCAUGGCAGAGUGCAUGGCAGGACACACGGCAGGGAGCGGCUGUUCCCGUGCACUGAGUGUGGGAAACGUUUCACCAGGAAAGACAACCUCAAACUGCACCAGAGGGUGCACACGGGGGAGCGGCCUUUCCAGUGUGCAGAGUGUGGGAAGAGCUUCACUCAGAAGGUGAAUCUGCUGACACACCAGCGGCGCCACACGGGGGAGCGCCCGUUCGCCUGCUGUCAGUGCGGGAAGAGCUUCGCCAAGAAGGGCACGCUCAGCACGCACCAGAAAAGCCACGUGCGUGAGAGACUCUUUGCAUGUGCUGAAUGCAAGGAGAGCUUUGUCUCCAACAGGGACCUCACGAUGCACCAGAGAAUCCACACCAGGGAGCGCUCAUACAUGUGCAACCAGUGUGGGAAAUGCUUCACGCAGCCGGGCAACCUCCUGACGCACCAGCGAGUGCACACGGGAGAGCGGCCGUUCACCUGCACCCAGUGCGAGAAAAGCUUCACCACCAACGGCAACCUCAAAAUGCACCAGCGGAUCCACACGGGGGAGAGGCCCUUCACAUGCACCGUGUGUGGAAAGGGCUUCACCACCAAGGGGACGCUGCAAAAACACCAGAGAGUUCACACGAGGUGGAAGCAGCUCGCGUGUGCCAGCCCGAAUCUGGAAGGGCUUUCCCAGCCCAUACUCCAGCAAGACUCCCACUGACGCAGGAAUGACCACACUGGAUCAGACCCAAGGUCCCACCAGCCCAGCUGCUCUGACAGUGAGCAGCAUCAGAUGCAUCGGAGGAAGGUGUAAGAAUUGCAUACUAGGCAAAUGUAGGAUAAUCUGCCCCCCCACUCCUGGCCAAUAUUAGGUCUCCUCCUAAUCAUUAGAAAGUUGCUUAAACCCUGAAGUACAAGGUUUAAUAUCCCUUCAAAAUAUCUGUUAGCAUUAAUUAUAACUCUGGAUAUCUUUGUUCAAUAAAUGUUUUUAACCUUU